AUGGAUCAUCCAGAAAAUGUAGUAACACAGCUUAUCCAAGAAGAGCAUAGAUCGAAAUGGAUUGCACACAGCAAUCAUAAUGUGAAAUGUUUUACAGAAGAUGAGAUAAGAAGAUUAACAAACAGCUAUAAAACUGUACUCGGUAGAGGUGGCUUUGGAGAAGUUUACGAAGGGGUCCUUGAGGACAAAAGUAUCGUUGCAGUCAAGAAGUUUAUCUGCAACAUUAAAGAAAAUUUUGCCAAAGAGUUGACCGUCCACCGUGAGAUCAAUCACAAGAAUGUAGUCAAAUUGGUCGGCUACUAUGUAGAUGAAAAUGCCCUAAUGGUGGUCACGGAGUAUAUUCCUAAAGGAAAUCUGAGUGACAUCCUUCACCGGGAUAGUAUUCCCAUCGUUUUGGAUACACGGCUAAGAAUUGCCAUUGAAUGUGCAGAAGCAUUGGCCUAUAUGCAUUCACAAAUGUAUACUCAGGUCAUUCAUGGUGAAAUCAAGCCUGCUAAUAUACUUCUGGAUGAUGGACUCGGUGCAAAAAUAUCAGACUUCGGAAUAUCAAGACUAGUCAACACAGAAAAUACUCUGUAUACCCUAAAUGUGAUAGGAAGUAUAGGCUACAUGGACCCUCUAUUUGCGCAGAGUGGCCGCCUCACAGCAAAGAGUGAUGUUUAUAGUUUUGGAGUUGUGCUCCUGGAACUGAUAACCAGAAAAAAAGCAAGAACAGAGUUUGGGGAGAUUGCCUUGGUUGAAAGUUUUAUUCAAUCUCUUUCAAAAGGAUUUAGGAGUGUGAGGGAGAUGUUUGAUCCUGAAAUUGUAACAUCGAGCGACAUCAAGACUAUCCAAGAGAUUGCUAAGUUGGCAGUGACGGGCCAAUUGUUCGAGCUGGACGACCUGCUUCAGUCAUCGCCUUGUGAAAUUCUGGGCAAGGGUACAGUAGGGACAACAUACAAAUCCACGCUUUACAGUGGAUAUGAGCUGGUGGUGAAGAAUCUGAAGAAUGAGGACUUGACAAAGGUGGAAUUUGAGCAGCAUGUCACGCUCAUUUGCGCCAUCCAAGACAAACACAUUGUGCCACUGCAGGGUUAUUGCUAUAGUGAGUAUAGUAAGUUCCUAGUCUACAAUAUCAUCCCCAGAGGUAGCCUAGCGAAAGUGCUCCACGGUGACGGAGUCUCUGGCCCAGCUCCACUGAACUGGGAGCAGAGGUUAGCCAUCUCACUUGCUGCUGCGCGCGGUGUGGAGGCCAUCCACUUAGCUGGACCAUCGAGCUGCCAUGGCAACAUCAAAUCUUCCAACAUCCUGCUCACUGGCACUCACGACACAUGUCUGUCGGAACAUGGCCUGAUAGCACUUGGUAUAUAUUCCAAUGCCUCCGGCUAUCGCGCACCUGAGGUCACCAGCAAUAGGUGGGUCUCCCAGAAAGCCGAUGUGUACAGCUUCGGCAUCCUGCUGCUGGAACUUCUCACUCGCAAGGCUCCGGCAAACAGCAUAAAGAAUGAGCAGGGAGGAGAUUUGGCAUUGUGGGCGUGUUCCGUUUUACCUGAGGAGGAGUGGACGGCAGAGGUGUUUGAUGUGGAGCUCCUACGAUGGCGGGCCUACAUGGGAGGGGAGAGCUUGGUGCUACUUCUGCAACUCGCCAAAAACUGUUGCAGUACAGAUGCUGACUCGAGGCCUACAAUGUCUGAUGUCGUGCAGCAAAUCGUGGAGAUCCGACAACUAUGACUCCUGACCA